AUGACCGAGCUCACAACACCAUCUCCAUCGCCGCCACCACCACCUCACAACAAGCCAGCUCCACAACACCACCACCACUUCUCCACAACAACACUCCUUCUCCUCCUCUUCUCAGACAUCCACCUCUUACUCUCCACCCUAAUCUCACACCCUCUCUACCUCUCUUAUUUCCUCUUCUUCUCCCCUUCCUUGCUCAAGCUCCUCUCUUUCCUUUCCCCACUCUUCCUCACCACUUCCCUUCUCCUCCUCUCCAUCCUCUUCACUCUCUCCCGCCCAUUAUCUCCCACCCACCAAUCUCUUCAUGAUUUCGAUUACUCUGCCACAGAGGCCCUGCAGGUCUACAACAUUGUGUUUGAUGUUGGCGAUCAAUUAUUAGCAGCACCACGCCAUCAUCAGCUCGAUGGAGCAGCAGCAGCAGCAGAAGAACCACCACGGGAAGGAAGCAUCAUGACUUUGGCUACCCUUUUGCAUCAAAAGCAAGAGGAAUUGGGAGACAUGCUUUUGCCAGGGAAUCAUGAGGAGGAGAAGGAGGAGGCGGGAAAAGAAGUCAAGGCAGCAGCUCCACCACCUAGGGUAAAGUCGAGUAAAGUUGAAGUGGGGCAACGGGAGGAAGGCUUAUUAGCCGGACCCAAUAAUGAGAAAUCUGGUCUUAAAGCAACAACAGCGACAAGUGGAGGUUUUGAAGAGGCCAACUUGGGGAGUUAUGGGUCGAUGAGGAAGGAGAAAGAGUGGAGGAGGACACUGGCCUGCAAGCUGUUUGAGGAGAGGCACAAUGCUGACAGCAGUGAAGGGAUGGAUUCGCUUUGGGAGACAUACGAAACAGAGUCGGGGAAUAAUGGCAAUUCUGAGAAAAAGAGCAAGUCUAAGCUAGGGAAGAAGAAGGGGGCGAGCAACAAGAUUGGACACCAUCAUUAUGAUGACAAUGACGGGAAAGAGGAAGAAGAAGAAGAAGAAGAGAUGGGUGGUGGUGAUGGGAGAUUAUGCUGUUUGCAGGCGUUGAAAUUCUCUGCUGGGAAGAUGAAUCUUGGUGGGAUGGGGAAGCCGAAUCUGGUGAAGAUCUCCAAGGCGUUCAAAGGCUUUGGGUGGCUGCAUAAUGUCACUCAUAGGCAUCCCAAGGCCAAAAGGGUACCUUUGAAUUGA